AUGAUAGAACAUUCAAAUCUUGAAACUUUGUCGAUUGUAUGGUUAGAUAGUUCACACGAUGCAACUAAAACCUAUGCAAAAGCUCAACCGCUGGAUGUUCGUAUGCCGAUCAAUGAUCGGCUUAUUGUAGUAAUUGCUGGCCAACAACAAUUCGAGUCGAUUAAUCGUGUCAAAUCUCUUGUUCAUGUUUUGAUUAUCUAUAUUUGUCCGAAUAUUCAAAGAUGA